AUGGUUGUAGAACAGACAGAUAGGAUACUGUGGCCACGCUUCCUCUCACGGCUCCGAGAGGCCUUCUUCCUGGAUCUCCAGACGACGACACCUGAAGCACACGACAUGAUGGCCAUGCAGGCCCGAAUCACCGGUCUGCGCUCUCUCCAGCCCGUCGAGCUGCGACGUCUACGCAGAGCCAUCGAAGCCUUUCCACCACGUCCUAUUGCCGACUUUCUCAUCUCGGUCUGCAUCAGACACGGCACCGACAACUUCUUCUACUUUGACCAGUCGCAGUUCAUCUCCGACAUUGACGAGUUCUACACUGAUGCGAAUUCGGAACUGCGCUCUGAUUGCAGCUUCGUGGGCCUGGCCCUCGCCGUCUUCGCUCUGGGCAGCCAGUGGACGAUUCUGGAGAGGCCGGAGGGUGCGGCUUCGGAUGCGACAUUCAGUGUGGACGAGCGUGAUCCCGGCUGGAUGUUCUACAGUCAUGUCAAGACGCUCAUGCCCGAUCUGAUCGAGAUGCCCUGCCUGAGGUCAGUGCAAGUGCCCUUCAUCGUCGGGGUUUACCUCAUGCCUGCGAGUGCCGUCGGGUCAUCAUAUGUUUACCUGGGGCUUGCGCUGCGCAAAGCGCUGGCAUUCGACCUACACCAAAGCACUGAUGAAGCCAUUAUCGAUGAGAGGGAGCGUGAAGUUCGACGGCGAGUCUGGUGGUCUGUCUAUUCUUUGGAGAGGUAUGGUUCUACUUGUCUGCCACACAGAAAGAGCUUGGAUCCUCCUUCGUUGACAUAUGCCUCCAGAAUCACAUCUAUAAAGCUCAACCGCCCAAGAGCUAUCGGUAUCGAAAAUGUCGUGCAGCCUUUGCCAUCUCCCCUGUCUGAUAUGGACGACGGGGCAUCUUUCAACAAUAUUGUACAUCAGCGAGCGUUCAUACGUUUAGUAAAGAUAUUAGACUGCGUAGCUGAUGUUGGUGGCCCACGAGGACCACAUAAUGCAGAUUAUGUGAGGCGCAUGGAAACAGAUCUCGAGAAUUGGAAGAAGUCACUGCCGCCCGACUUCGAGCUGGACAGGAUUGACCCACGGGCCUCGACUUACCGCGUUGUCUUCCACCUACACAUGAACUACUACUAUGCGUGGAUCGUCAUGGGGAAAAUGUCAGUCGUCACCGUUGUCCGCAACCACCUACGCCGACACCUGGGUACAUCCGGCGAGGGCGAGACGGUCCCUCCGAUCGACCCGAUCAUGCAGAAAUUAUCUGCGCAGUGCAUCGACGCCGCCGGCGAGAUCAUCCGGCUAUUCAAGACGAUCACGAGAACUAGAAAUACAUGCACCACGGGCUUCUCCUUUACCGACUUCCAGGGGUGCAGCAUCGCGACCAUCGUUACGCUGCUGGCUGGUGUCCUCGACAGGGACUCAGACUACGAUGCUAGGGUCGACUUUGGCCUUGGCUGUCUCAGGAACAUGGCCGCGGGGAACAUGACGGCCAUGGUUGGCGUCCGGUUCGUCGAAGCGCUGCGAUCCAUCACCAACGAGGCAGUGGAAAAUGUACGGGCCCGCGUGUCCAGGGCAUCAAUGCCGUCUGCCACGGCCGCCGAGUAUGCGCGAUGGUCACAGUGGCUUUCCACGACGAAGACGUCAGCAGGAAGCGGUACAAGUGCUUCGCUCAAGCAGAAUUCCGGAGGUGCCCGAGAGCAUAUCGGUACCCCGGAAGGCCACAGAGCUCUGCCGAAGUCGUUACCGGUAUUCAAGAACGGAGUUGGCAAAGACGGAGUUGGCUGGAAUGAGAGAGAAGGAAUAGAUCUGCUGCAUGACGUAUCACCGACAUUGACAGACCCUUUACUUCGUCCCAGUAACGGGCUAGAUGACUCGGAAAUGUAUACAGCGGCCGACGAGACUUUCACUUCGCUCAUGAAUGGCGACGACCAAAAUCUCAUCAUGGGCCUCACGGGGAUGGACGUCUUGGAUUUCUCAGAGUUAACAUCGCUGCUGUGA